UCUAAUAUUCAACAAGUUGGUGUUACAAGACUUGUUAAUAUUAGCGGUACUCCACCACGUGCAAGUACUGUGGGAGUUGCAGGUGCAAGUAGUUCACCUCUUCCCUCACCAUCUCGACAGAACUCACCCAAAGUUGUUCUAGCAACAUCUCCAAAACUUGUUAGAACUUCUAUUGGCAACAUGUUUGUUGCUCCAACAUCUCAAGCUUCAAUGCAAUCACCACCAGCAAGAAAAAAGUUGAAGUUAGCAGAUUCUACAGAAAAACCUACUAUGUGUACCGACGAUGCAGUGGGUUAUAAAAGGAGAAUUAUGGAACACAAAAUGAAGAGGAUGCGUGCAAUAAGGGAGAAAUAUGCUGAAAAUGCAUCAGAAUUAUUCUUCCUACAUGCUGGAGGCAAUAUGAUGGAUUUUCAAACCUGGAGGAAGAGACCACCGACACCUCAAUACCUGCAUUUUUUACGGCAACAUAGAUUAGAUCCAGACGAUGACGACGAAGAUUUAACAGUGCCACUGCCAGCAAUAUCAGAAAUUCCAUUAAUACCAACUGUCACACCGUCUGUUUCUUCAGUAGUUCCUGUAAAUCAGUGUGCGGAAGUAAAAAUUUCUGGCAUAAAUGUUACACCAGUCGCAGUGUCUACAACUUUGCCUGCUGCAGUAGCUCAACUUAAUCAACAAGGACAUGUACCAGGUAGGCCUCAAGGGGGCCGCCAUGGCAUGGUGUUUGCCUUCAGAGCUGCAAUUCAGUCUUCACCAGUCACCGUUCACUCUCCACCUACUUCUACUCUAGCACCCACGCUCAUUAUAGGCAAUGCACCAGUAGUUCCGAAUUCACCAAAACCAAUACCAACUACAACAGCAGCAACGGGUCCAGUUGCAGACAAAAUAUCUACAACAACUACAUCAGUUACGACAACUACUACCACUACUACUUCAACUAUAACUGUUACUUCUACUCCUAUUCCUACCGCUACUCCCACUGCGACUAUUAGUACUACAGCAGCGAAAACGUCUACUGCGCCUACUGCUACUACUACAACUACUACUCCUUCUCAACCAGUUAUAAAAAUUGUUAAAUUACCUGCCUCUAAUUCAACAACAUGUGAUAUCACAAAUAAUCAAGAACAAAUUGUAGAAAAGGCUAAACAGGAAGCAUAUGUUAUGCAAAGGAUUGCCGAGUUGCAACGCGAAGGAUUAUGGUCGGAGAGAAGAUUGCCUAAAGUACAAGAACCACCUCGCACAAAGGCUCAUUGGGAUUACUUGUUAGAAGAAAUGGUUUGGUUGGCUGCUGAUUUUGCUCAAGAACGGAAGUGGAAGAAAGCUGCGGCAAAGAAAUGCGCGCGCAUGGUUCAGAAAUACUUCCAAGAAAAAGCAAUCCAAGCACAGAAAGCCGAAAAAUCGCAAGAACUUAGGCUAAAGAAGAUUGCUAGUUUUAUAGCUAAGGAAAUCAAAACCUUCUGGACAAAUGUGGAAAAGUUGGUGGAGUAUAAACAACAAACAAGGCUCGAAGAAAAAAGAAAACAGGCACUAGAUCAACAUUUAAAUUUUAUUGUUGGGCAAACAGAAAAAUAUUCAACAUGGUUAACAGAAGGACUUAAUAAAACCGAUGGUUCUCAAAGUAUACCGGCCUCCAUAAAUAGUUCUCGAAUAUCUUCUCCAGUUCCGCCUGGGAAAUCUCAUUCUGACGAGGAUUUUCAACCAAAUCAAAGUUCAGAUGAUGAUGAAGAAACCAUAGCCAAGGCAGAAGAGGAAUUAAAGUCUGUAACAAACCACAAAGAAGAGGUUGAAUUAUUAAAAAGAGAAUCCGAAAUCCCACUGGAAGAUCUUUUGAAAGAUUUGCCACCUGAUUAUUUAGAAGAUAGAAAUAAAAAUGUAUCGCCUUCAAAAGAAAUUGCGGAGGAAGCCAAUGAUGAAAAGGUCGCGGACGGUGAUACCGACUUUGUUGCGGCAUCGGAUGAAUCUUCGGAUGAAGAAGAAACUAUAAUGGAACAGGAAAAAUUGGAAGAAAAUACGGAUUACAAACAAGAAUUGGACGAUCUCAAAGCUGAAAAUGAAAUGUCUAUCGAUGAACUUAUGGCUAAAUAUGGUAACGUGUCAGAUGCUCCGAUGGAUGUUGACCAAGAACCUGGUCAAGAUUCGGAUAAAGAAAGCACAAAGGAAGAGGAAGGUCAAGAGAACGACGAGGAGUCGAUUAGUAGUGAAAAUGAAAGUGAAGAAAGCGAUAACGAAGUCGGCGAACAAGAGUCUCAAGCACAAAGUGAUAACGAAGCUGAUGUUGGAUUGAAAUCUCUCUUGGAAGAUAUAUCUAUGGAAAAAUCUACAGAUGAGAAGACGGCAGAAAUGGAUCACUCAGAUGCUCACGAUGAAAUGGAUAAUGUAGCUGCGUUAGCAGAAAGUAUUCAACCAAAAGGAAAUACUUUACUCACCACUAGUGUUGUAACUAAAAUUCCGUUCCUUUUGAAACAUCUUCUUCGGGAAUAUCAACAUAUAGGAUUGGAUUGGCUUGUUACGAUGUAUGAUCGAAAACUGAAUGGAAUUUUGGCAGACGAAAUGGGUUUGGGUAAAACGAUUCAAACGAUCGCCUUGCUUGCACAUUUAGCGUGCGAGAAAGGUAACUGGGGUCCGCAUCUUAUAAUAGUACCAACUUCUGUAAUGCUUAAUUGGGAAAUGGAGUGCAAAAAAUGGUGUCCGGGGUUUAAGAUUUUAACGUACUAUGGAACGCAGAAAGAAAGAAAACAAAAAAGGACAGGAUGGACAAAACCCAAUGCUUUUCACAUCUGUAUAACAUCAUACAAAUUAGUUAUUCAAGAUCAUCAAAGCUUCAGAAGGAAAAAGUGGAAAUAUCUUAUAUUGGACGAAGCUCAAAAUAUUAAAAACUUCAAGUCGCAAAGAUGGCAACUGUUAUUAAAUUUUCAGACGCAACGACGACUACUGCUUACCGGCACGCCUCUUCAAAAUAAUCUUAUGGAACUAUGGUCUCUCAUGCAUUUUUUAAUGCCUAAUGUAUUUCAAUCGCAUAGAGAAUUCAAAGAAUGGUUCAGUAAUCCUGUUACAGGAAUGAUAGAAGGGAACAGCGAAUACAAUGAAAACAUUAUUCGUCGUCUGCACAAGGUAUUACGACCGUUUUUACUGCGAAGAUUAAAAACAGAAGUAGAAAAACAAUUGCCUAAAAAAUAUGAACACGUUGUUAUGUGCCGAUUGUCGAAACGACAGCGAUAUCUAUAUGAUGAUUUCAUGUCGAGAGCAAAGACAAAAGAGACUUUGGCUAGCGGUAAUCUACUGAGCGUCAUCAAUGUAUUAAUGCAGUUACGUAAAGUGUGUAACCAUCCAAAUUUGUUUGAAGUGAGACCAACAGUGUCGCCGUUUCAAAUGGAAGCUAUAGAAUUUAUUACAGCUUCUUUGGUAUGGAGUGUUCUUGAUUACGAUCCAUUUAAGCAUAUCGACUUAUCUAGUAUGAAUCUUCUUUUGUGCGAUUUGGAGUUAACCCAUACUGCGUUUGUGGCACAUAGAGUAAGGCGGUUACAAACUCCGCGGAAGCUUAUAGAAGAAAUAGACAGUCAACCAGAUCCACCUCCAAGAUGUCUACCUGGAAAAAUAAAAAUUAACGUUAGACUCUCUAAUCAAGCGAAACCGCCAUCCACACCACAACAACAGACUCAAACGAAGUUGAAAAAUUUAGCUGGAAUCUUACCUACUACACGCGUCGGAACAUCCCCCUUAAUAAAAACAUUAAAUAAUCAAAGCACUGCAGGACAAGGUGUUACUUUAAGGGUAUCGGGUGGUCAACAAUUACAGGGGUACUCGGUGCAGUUGGUACAGCAUCAGGGUAGCGUGAAAGCCAUCCCUGUUGGAACACUAGCACAUAACCCACAAAGUACAACAGUGACACCAAGUACAGCAGCAACGAAUGCACAGAGGAUCACAGUAGGGAAUGCGAAUAUCAAAGAUGGAUUGCAACGACUAACAACGCAGACAGUCACAGUUAAACAAGGUGAUUCCGUCCAAAGAAUAGCAGUGCCUAGUUUUGCACAGCUGGUUCAAACAUCUACUGGUAGACAUAUCAUUCUGACUUCGAAUCAGCAAAACACUAACACAGUUUCGUUUCCAGUAGUGACACCGAGUGGACAACGCUUAACGGUUUUAUCGAAAUCUUUGAUGGGCAUAUCUACUUCGGCAGCUACAGUGAACAAAGUUGUAGGAAGUGUAGUAACAACAUCGAGUGGAACUGCUGGAAGACCCGUGAUGAGAGUACCACCAUUAAAUGUGACUGGUUCUCAGGGACAGACACCAGCUGGCAAUGGGCAAUCUCCACAGCAAUCAAUUCGCUGUGGUAUUGUCACCAGACACGCACAAAAGGAAUCUGAAAAGGCACAAACGAAGGAACGUCCAAAAUCCGAAUUUUAUUUGCCGCAGUUAGAAGAAGAGCGAAAGCAACGGAGACAAGCGAAACUCCGUCUUCUCUCGAAUAUAAAUGAAAGAAGAUGCGCAGCAUGUCCUUUGUAUGGCGAAGAUUUGUUCAUGGCGUUAAGAAUCGGUAAACCGUCUACAGCGUGUCGAUGGCAUAACGGUUGGGUUCAUUGCGCAACCGCUAAAGACAACGCUCGUACACGGAGACAAUUCUUUUCUCGCACGGAGGCACUCGCAGAAGCGAUCAAAAGUACAGAACAAAUUGUAGAAGAGCUUAAGGAAGUUUUUGAGAGGUUUGUUGUUCAUGUUCCUGCUGUGUGCGCACCCACGCCACGUUUUCACGUGUCUCAUCCACCUCCACAUAAAUUGUUUGGUCAGAGACGUAUGCAAAUGGAGUUGCAGCGUCAACUGUCACCUAAAUUCGCAUCGUUCCAUCCAGUAGCUAGUGCAAUGAUGACUCAGUUUCCGGAUCCUCGACUGAUACAGUAUGACUGUGGGAAAUUACAAUCCUUGGAUCAACUUCUCAGGAAGCUCAAGACAGGGAACCAUAGAGUUUUAAUUUUUACACAAAUGACGAGAAUGUUGGACGUGUUAGAAGCUUUCCUUAAUUUCCAUGGACAUAUAUAUUUGCGUUUAGACGGUACCACCAGGGUGGAUCAAAGACAGGUUCUGAUGGAGAGAUUCAACGGCGACAAACGAAUAUUCUGUUUCAUUUUGUCAACAAGAUCUGGAGGUGUGGGCGUGAACCUUACAGGCGCUGAUACUGUUAUAUUUUAUGACAGCGAUUGGAAUCCGACCAUGGAUGCCCAAGCACAAGAUAGGUGUCAUAGAAUAGGCCAGACACGAGAUGUACAUAUCUACAGGUUAGUAAGUGAAAAGACUGUGGAAGAAAAUAUUCUAAAGAAGGCCAAUCAGAAAAGACUGCUUGGAGACUUGGCUAUCGAGGGUGGCAAUUUCACGACUGCUUACUUUAAAAGCUCCACUAUUCAAGAUCUUUUCAAUAUCGACCAAACGGAGAAUGAUGCUUCGACUCGAAUGGCGGAAGUACUGGAACAGAACAAAGAUCGGGACAAAUUUCUACAGAAGGAUGGCCAGGGACAGAGUGUCGAUGACAAAGUGGCGAUGGGUGCAUUGGAGAGUGCUCUCGCUGCUGCUGAAGAAGAUCUCGACGUCCAAGCAGCGAAAACAGCCAAGGCGGAGGCUGUCGCUGAUUUAGCGGAGUUCGAUGAGAACAUACCUUUGGAUGACGCGGACAAGGACGAUGUGCAAGUCAGCAAAGCUGAACUCGAAGUACAGAACUUGGUGUCUCAGCUGACGCCCAUAGAACGUUACGCGAUGAAGUUCGUUGAGGAGUCAGAGGGCGCAUUCUCCGCAGCGCAACUCGCAGCGGCGGAACGUGAACUGGAAGAGCAGAAGAAGGAGUGGGAACUGGAUCGGUUGCGAGCUUUACGCGAGGAGGAAGAAAGGCGGAUGAGGUUGGCCGAUGACGACGAGAAACCCUUAACUUUCGGACGCGAGGACGCGCAGAAUCAGGUUAAUAAUGCUAGUAAUUCUAAGAAGUUAGUCAGUAAGAAACUCCCGGCGAAUAGGAGGAGGAGGAGGUCGCGUAGGAAUAACAGUAAAAGUGCUCAGGAGUCGGAAAGUGAAAGCGAGACUACCACCGAAUCGGAAUCGGAGUCUCAAGAAGACGUGGUCGAAGACAGUCUCGACGAGGAGUCGAGUCACACGGAAAGUCAGAGUCAAGGAGACGAGGACGAGGAAGAGGAUGAGACGAACGAAUCGGACAGAGGGGGGUAUCCGAAGCGUAAAAACCGUUCGAAUAAAUCAUUCAGUCAGAACCAUUUUGAUCUAAAUAGUCCACGGACGAGAUCCAGGGGGAACGUGAAGAUAAACCUGUGGACGUUGGACGUGAGUCCCAUCCUGCCGGGUAUAAAGCCGAAGUGUCGUGGCAGAGCGAGUAAUCUGCGGAAACAGAGGGAGUUGGAGAUGAGAAUGAAGGCAGAAGAAAGUUUCGCGUUACCUUUGCCACCGUCCUCUUCGAGUCCGAAAAAAUUGAACGCUACCAGUAAGUCUGACGACGAACAGAAAGCUACGAUUGUGAAAGAAGAAUCGUCGUCGGAUUUGAAGCGUAUUGAAGUGACCAGCAAACUCUCACCUAGCAAAGGUUCAACUGAGACAGUUGAAAAUUGUAAAACGGUUGCGAACCAUUGCGCUAGUGUCACGGUGACUUCGCCUAAGAGUAAAUUCAAAAAGGAGGACACAGUAGUGAAAGAGGAAUCUGAUUCUGUUUCACGUUUAGACUCCUCGGAAGAGGAAGCGUGUGUACAGUUGGAUGACUCGAUAUUCAGCUCGCAGGAAACACCUGACGUCUCGGCUUUGUCCGAUAAGAUCGACGCGAAAGUUGAGAGCGAGGAAACACGGGGUGAAUGUAACGUGUCUCCGGUAUGUACACGGUCUAUGCAUGAGAGAGCGGAGCAAAGCGACGACGUAAACGAAGCAAGCUCGAGCGGAGAAGCUGAGGAUCCCGAUGUCAAUUUUACUUCCCAAAUUGCUAGUUCUUGUUCUUCCGCGGUAGAGUCGGGUACGUUAAAAAUGAUAUCCGACUCUGACCUAACCGAAGAGAUCAGCGUGUCUGAAAGUUUAUUGAGUACGCCCGUAAAGCACAAAGUGGUACCUCAAGAGGUGAACGAAUCCACCGCGAAAUCGGCUUCAGACAAAACAACCCGUUCCCUUUUAGAAAAUGUAAUCACUGUUAGUAAACCGAGCGAAGAAUUAACGAUGAAACAAUUGAAUGUAGAAAAAAGUAGUAUCAUGGAUGAAAGUACGGAGAUGGACAGGAGGUCGCAACGUCCUGUCGAGCCAACAGAGAAGACGAACGUAGAGCAAGCGUCACCAAGGAAGGAACAGACGAACGAAAGUUCAAACUCGGACGCGAAGAACGAGUCCGUAAACGAUAACGUGUCCACAUCUGUGAUAGAAACAAGCUCUAGUCAGAAUAUCGGUAGCAAUGAAGGAGGAGAGGAAGAAAGCUGUUCUAAACCGUGUGACGAAGAAACAAGUCCCAAGCCAGCGCGAAAUGACGACAAUAAACAGGCCCAUUUUUCUACAGAUAUCUCUGAAUCGGACGACUCGGCUAGUUCGGAACCGACUCCAGAGAAUAAGCUUAAGUCUCGUAAAUCGGAAACCGUGUCCUACGGAGUAACCACGAGGAGCGCGAAAAUAAAUCUCACGACAGAAAUCCCUGAAAGCAGAGAUACGGAUGGUCAAACGAGCUCCGCCGAAUCGAAUGUACCAAAGCAGAAUCAAGAGAACGAACAUUCAAAUACCAGUAAAAGGGAGUCUAGUAGAAUAGCAUUGAUAAGGAGACCAGACACACCAAGACCUGUCAUGGAGCAGGGUAGGAUCACGAGAUCCAGUGCUGGCCGCUCCUUGACACCUCCACCCAGCAACAGUCCCUCGAAAUCGGCCCAUAGAAGACAACCAGACAUUCCACUGUCAGAAUGCUCGAAGUUAUCUCCUAGACCAGUAACCAGGUCCUCGUCUAACAUAAAUUCCCUGGUGCGUAACGAAGAGCAGAACGCAUCCUUAUACGAGAAACCGACCACGCGAAGUUCCAAGUCUUUGGACAAUGGUUUUCUAAGCCCCCCCACUCAUUUCCGAAGAAGUAGCUCGAUACCACCGAUGAAACCGUCAGAGGUGAAAGACACUUGUAGCCCUACCGCUGCCAAGCCUAAAAAGAUCAACGAGAUCUCACCUGUAAAUACGAGUACCGUAAAACGGCGACCGGACACACCGGUCCCCACGUUCGAGCAAGUGUCGAGAGUCACCCGGUCGGGCUUGAACUUCACCGUGAAUUCGGGAAAGUCCUCCAGCCCCAAUCACGUGAGUCCUCUCAGAGGAAGCAAGCACAUUCGGAAAACGGACCCAUCCGCGGACACGAAGACACAGGAAUUGCCUUCGAAAACGGACAGUCUGGGCACUGAUUCGAACGGGAACGCCGUCGCGUCGGAGGACUUGGCGAAACAAGAGGAUCCGGGCUUCACGGAGAUGAACGAGAAGCCGCAGCGGACGGCGAAGGUAGUGGCGAUCCUUACUUUGGACACCAGGAGCAAUCACAGCAACAAAGCCUCGAGUUCCGUUCACGCGAAGUCCAAUUCCAAUUCCGCCGACGCGAAGAACGCGAACAAGAAGAGCGCCGACUUGUCCGCGUCGGACUCGCCGGGGAAGAAUUGUCUUCUAAGGAUCUCGGACGCGACCGCGAAUUGUAAAUUAGACGGAUGGUGUGGCUCCGGUUUGGACAACACUUCCACGGUACUCGCGAACGUGGCUGGUACUUACACUCCGAGUAAAACGGGGAAGGCAUCGACCGUGAGCAAAGCUGGGUCGCCGUUGAGCUCGAAACUCAAGGCGGACAAGGUUCCGUUGCCCGUGCAGUCGACGGUGAUCGCGCUGGUCGAUCUGGACAACGAUCCCAAUUACGACUCGUCGGAUGGGUCGAAGAGAUUGCGCAGGAAAAUCAAGAGGACCCGUUUGACGUCGUUCACAAAGCCCCUGAUCGCCGGUAAAGUAAACGAGACGCAGCAGAUGGUCGAGGCACUGGACGAGGAAGAGGAGCAGAUCCCACCGCCGACCAAAAAAUCGAUUCGUUCUCAGCCUCCUUCUUCUCCUCCGCCGUCGCAAACCACGCAAUUGGGAAAGAUGGUAUGCCCCAAUGUAAUAUUUAAGUUGCGUGCCUGUAUUUUGUAUGAUCGAAUAUGGUUGUCGGAGGAUAAUAUGGAACAGAUGCCGAUGUGGUGUCCACCAACGCCGCCGACGACAGAUAACGAUGUUUACAUCGACUACUCCCUGGGAUUCCUUUAUGAGAACACCCCUAUGUCCGAAGCUCAGUUGCCACCUAUUUAUAUUAAAAAGGAACAAAAGAGGAGUAGAGCCGACGCUGGAAUCAACGAUCGCGAUGGGCGGAGAGCGGUUAAAAUGCGUCAUAAAGAGGAAUCUGUUUACGCGCCGAGAUCGUUGUUCGAUCGGCCGUCUCCGGCGCUCAUGAAGAUGCGUCGCGAUAUGAAAUUGCACAAGCAUCGUGCAAUGGUUCGUCCAUCAAUUCCGCUGCCAGGAAUAAAACCGUCACAUAUGUCGAAAUCAUCUACAGACCAGGAACAUGUCCUCGACUGGAUGAUACACGAAGACUGGGCUCUACUUCAAGCCAUUCAGAUCUAUCAAGGGCUGCCGUUGAAUCUAAUGAUUUUGUCGCCUGGUCACACGCCCAAUUGGGAUUUGGUUGCCGAUAUAGUUAACAACACUUCGCGAAUAUACAGAUCUCCGAAGCAAUGCAGAAGCAGGUACGAGUCGAUGAUAGUGCCGAGAGAAGAAGGGAAGUUGUUGUACGACACUACGCCGAAGAAGCAAAAGAAACAGAAAGGUGUUUACAAGGUGCCCCAAGCGGCCGAGCAACAAAGUAAAACAAACAGACCUAUGAAAACGUCUCAGUUAUAUAUACAGGAUAAAAAUCAUUCGUUCACGUUGAUGUGCUGUCAAAGGUUCGAUACCAUAAAAUCUGUAUCCAACAAGAGAACACCUACUGUCAAACCAUUAUUGGUUAAUCCGUUGAUGAAGAAUCCAACAAAUGCAGCUGUGUUAGCGGAAGGUGGUAUUGUUGUCAGCGUAGGCAAUCUUCAAGCAGCUCAAAGAAUUGCUACUGCAAGUUUAGUGUCUGCUGCUCAGAGUUCUCCUGCAACCACGCAGAAGGGUACCGUUGGUGUCACCAUAGCGACCGCCUCCGGUAGUAAAACACUAACCGCUGCACAGUUGCAGUACUACAGGCAGCAACAAGUUCUCUUGCGACAACAACAACUAAAGGUGCUACAAGCACAAGCCGCGAGUGGUCAGAAAGUGUCGGUAGCGGUUUCUGCCGCUGCCGCUGCUCAACAGAGAGCUACAUUAAUGAAGCAAGGUAUAACUGCUGGUACUGUGACCCAAGCGACUGUUGGAAAGCAAACUGUAGCGCGCACGGUAUCGGAGACCGAAAUGGCUGCUUUGAUCAAGCGACAGGCGUUACAACAGCAAGCAAAAGCAGUGGCACAGGUACAAGUACCUGCACAAACUGGUCUCACACCGGCACAAAUAUUCGCGCACGCUGGCUUACAAGUUCAACAAGCUGCAACAUCCGCCAGCGGAACACCGGUCGCUACUCUGGUGAAAACUGCGAAUGUUGGUGUACGUACAGCGACUCCUCAACAAAUCCGUCAGCUAGCCCUUCAUCCUCAAAUUAUCACUCAAAGGAAAUUGCCAGCGCAGAAAGUGGCCCAAUUGGCACAAGUUACCAGUAAAACGGGAGUUCAGACACAACUUAUUGUACAACAGAAAUCAUUACCUGCGACAAUGACCGUACAACAGAUACAAGUGAUGAAACAUGUUCAACCUUCGGCUAUGCAACAGUUCACGCAUGUUUCCACGGGACAAGCUGUUUCUCAACCAGGUCAAGUAGUAUUGGCAAAAUCUCCGUUACAAACACGAGUAAUUCCAGUCGCUUCGGCCGCUUUAAAGCAAACAAUUCAAGUUGUUACUGCGAGUAGCGCCCAAUUGCGGCAAGCUGCUCCAGCUCAAGGAAAACCUAUUGUCACAACAGCAAGAGGUAGUCCUGGUCCUAGUCAAGUCAGAUUGCAGACCAUUGCACAUUCUGUUCAUCCGCAACAAGUACAGCAGCAGCAGCAGCAACAGCAACCUCAAACACAAGAUGCUCAACCGAAGUGAACAUGCUUGAUAAUUGUCACUCGAAUUAGUCAGUGUUGUUUCUUUAAGUUCACUUCGAUUGGACAAACUAACGUCAUCAUAGAAGUUCAGUUUAACGGCACUCAAAAUAGUGAUAACAUUCCAAAAGAUAUUAAAGCAUGUUGAUUGCGGUCAUCUGGAUAUUAUUCAUUGAAUAGGUCUUUCGUUUAAAUAAUACAUUGGCUACGAUAUUCGUGCAAAGAAUAAUUCUUUUAACCCUUGUGUUAAUAGAAACACCUGUCUUAUUCUGUAAUAUUCUGUUUCUGAAAACUUGUGACUCAUUGGAUUUGCCGAGAAUAAAUUUGUAAUCUUAUCAGUAUUGAAGAAGCGAUCCGGUUUUAUUAUUUUAGUAUUUUAAAAUUUGCUGGCCGAAUUUUGUUUAAUAAUAAUGAAUUGCAACUAUACUGUUAUUGAUCUUUAUGUUUUGUGAAUCGCAAGAUAACAUUUAUGUAGUAAGGUCGUUAUAAAGUUAGCUGUUUACGUAAAGUUGAUCUGCCGAUCUCUUUUUGUACUGCAGUUUUUCGUAUAAUUAACGAAUACACAUUAAGUAGCCAUUGUUGCAAUUAAUUGGAGUGUUUUUACUGUUUGAGAUAAUUCAAUGAAUGUGUUAGAAGUUCGAUGAAUUUUUUUGCAUCGUUGCAAGCGAGUGACACGCACAUUGUGUGUCUCUUGGUACACGUUUUAUAAUAUAAGUAACACGAUGUGUAAUUCUUAAUAAUGUUAGGUAUAAUAAUGACGAGCUGUUGUAAUAUUUUUUAGAGAAGGAAGUUUACUAUCUGAAAUCCUCAAGCAGUAAGAACUGUACAAUUUUAUGAAAAUUAAAGCUUGAUUAAACACGAAUCAAUCGCAGACUAAUUUAUAAGAUUUUUACGAUGCUAGUUUUCGAAUACUAAAGGAUGGGAUUUCGUAUAAAGAAUACGUGUUUUAGUUUUGUUAUGUUAUCUUACAUGAAGCGUUUAAGUAUUUUACAGAAAAAGCGUCUCUGAAAUGACAAUUUUACUUCCCAUUCGGAUUAUAUAAAUAUUAGUAUGGAACGAUUUAGCCUCGAGAAAUACGCUUAACAUGUCAAUACACUUGGAACAGUGAAAAAACGAUGAAUAAUGCUAUGACUGUAUCUAUAGUUACCUGUAGAGAUAAAAAAAUUUCGUUCGAUAAUGCGAUGUUUAUACUAGGAUCUUUAUCGAACAGUGUAAGAUUGUACUAAUGAUAAAUAUUAAUAAUAAUAACAAUAAUAAUAAUGAUAAUAAUAAUAAUAAUAUAUAAAUAUGUAUAAUUCGUGUAACAUAGACGCUAAAAUAAAAUUUCUCGUA